AUGUCAUACUUGGAAGUAAUAACUAAGGUUGAUAAUUUUCCAUACGGUGAAGAUCCUGGAUACUACAAAUUGCUUUCUCAUGAUCGGAGUGCUAUCUUGGGGUAUAUUGAAGAAGAUAUAGCUGCUAGAUUAGCCGAAGAGCUGUGGUUUCAUAUCGAGAGAUCAGAGAAGACCGUCACAUUUGAUAGUAAAUUGGACAUAUUUGAAAAGAGAAAUGAAGUUUUAAAGACCAUAGCUGAAAAAUGGAGAAAAUUGCCAUAUUUCUCUGAUAGUUUGGAUAAGGCUUGGAGAAAUGAACUAUACGUGGUAUAUAAUCCUACUCAUACGCCCUAUGUGCUAGUAGAGCGUGCACUCUCAGUACUUAUCGGUGUGGUAACUUAUGGUGUUCAUAUUAAUGGAUAUAUUCCCGCUUCAAAGACGAGUAAUAAGAAAUUGAAGUUGUGGGUUCCAAGAAGAUCGAAGACCAAGCAAACGUAUCCAUUGAUGCUUGACAACACUAUCGCUGGUGGAAUUGGGUUUCCUAAUGGGAUAGGCGAGACAGUAAUCAAAGAAUGCUUCGAGGAGGGCCACCUUUCAGCAGAAUUUGUCAAACUGCAUAUCAAACCUACUGGGGUCGUUCUGUAUAUGUAUCAGCCGAAAGGUGCACAAGGAAAUGUUCAACCAGAGGUUGAAUACACAUAUGACUUGGAGUUUGAUAAUGAAACAGAUGUGAUACCAAGACCAGAGGAUGGUGAGGUUGAAAGCUUCGUUCUUAUGGAUUCGGAUGAGGUACUUAAGAGAUUAUAUAGAAAUGAAUUCAAGCCAAAUUGCGGCUUGAUUAUAAUUGACUUCUUGAUAAGACAUGGAUAUAUCACUCCGGAUAUUGAGCCUAAUUAUUCAGAAAUCGUCUCUAGGUGUCAUAGAAAACUUCCUUUCCCUACUCUAUAG